CUAACUAUCUUGAAUCUUGGGGUGUGUCACUGUACUCGGAAAAUAUGGCUCGGUAUCACUGAUACGAUCAUGGCGAUCUACUGUGUGGCAGCAUGGCACACGGGAGCUUCAAUUGUUUUCUGUGAAACCUCGUCGAAGUUCCCAAUUUUUAGCGAAGCAUAAUGAGCGAAACAGGUGCGAGUGAAGAAAGAAACAUCGGGGAUGAACAAAGGGCUCCCAGACUUCAGCUGGAGUUAAGCCGAGAAGAGCUCAGGGCAUUGCAGGAAUGUAACCGGGAGAGCUUUUGGUACAGGUCUGUGCCGAUCGCCUCGUUACUUGCUGCAUCUACACAUUAUCUCGUUAAGCUGGGCUACCUGGCACCCAAUCCAAGAUUUGGAACAGUUCCCAAGGUGUUAGGAUCCACUUUUAUGGGAUAUUUCAUUGGAAAGCUGUCAUAUAGAACCAAGUGUGAGGAGAAGAUUCUCCAGCUGCCCAAUAGCAAAUUGGCUGAUGCCAUAAGGCAAAGGAAUGCUGGCAAAAAUCCUUACAGCAUAGCAGGAAGGACUGAUCCUGAUCUACAGACAUCAGUAACUGUGGAAUCUCCCAGCCCAGCUGCUCCUGAUUUUGACCGAAUGAACCAAAAAUCAGGACUGGAUGAAUUUCGAAGGCCUGGUCUGGAAGAUUCCAUUUUGAAGGAAGAGUCACCUCCGAUAGAGCCCAAUCAGACCUUUGUCACGUAUGAUGACCUUCGAAGGCAAAAUCGAGAGGAAUCAGCCCCUGGGAAAGGGAUGGGAGGGCGGGCACGACAGCAGCCUCAGUCUCCAUCCCCUUACAUGUCUACUGGAGGAACCCAGCCCAUGGCACCCAGGGAAUAUUCUUCCAAAAGCAAAGCUCAGAACACAUAUGGAGAUGUGUGGGAGGAAUAG